AUGCUUGCCAAGCUCAACCUCGCUGCCGUCCUGGCAGCUUCGCUCUCAGCUGUCUCAGCCCAGACCUACCAGCGUCUUGGAACUUGCCCAACGCUGGGGUGUGUUUUGCCACCUGAUCAGAGUGAUUUCCUUCCAGGUCAGCUUUUUGACUUGAGAGUCGAAGUCCAUGCCCCAGUCAAUGGCUCCGAGGCUGCCCACGAUGGCAAGCCUGAUGAGAAGUUCAAGGUUACCAUUGCCAAGGAGGGCAAGGGAGCCAAGGAUAUUACCAAAUUCUUUGGUAUCAAGGAGCCCGAGGUGGAGAAGUGGACUUUCAAGUGGUACGAGGAUCUUUUCGCAGAAGACAAGAAGACUCCCUCCGUUGUCAAUGUUGCUUCCAAGGUUUACCGCAAGCUCGUUUUGAACGAGCCCGGCAAGUACACCGUUACUCUGCAGUACUAUGGCGGCGAAAAGACCACUGCUGAAUGGCUUGUUCGCCCAAUUGUCGAGAAGCGCAAGGCCAAGAAUGUAAUUUUCUUCAUUGGUGACGGCAUGACCACUAACAUGAUUACCGCCGCCCGUCUUCUCGGACACAAGAGCAUCAAUGGAAAAUACCAAACUCGCAUGCAAAUGGAUGAGUUCCCUGUGCUUGGUCACCAAAUGACCCACUCGAUUGAUAGCUACAUCACCGACUCUGCCAACUCUGCCUCUGCCCUGUACUCCGGUCACAAGAGCACUGUCAAUGCCAUGGGUGUUCAUGCUGAUUCUUCUCCCGAUCCCUUUGAUGACCCCAAGGUUGAGACCAUUGUUGAGAUUUUCCGCCGAAUCACGAAAGGUGCUUGGGGUGCCGUUUCUACUGCCUUUUUGGCUGAUGCCACUCCCAUUGCUCUGAGCGGUCACACCCGUCGCCGUUCCGAAUACGGCCCUCUGAUCGACCAGGCUCUCAACGGCAUGACCAACUACAGCUGGACCAACCACGGUGGCCCUGACGUCUUUUUCGGUGCUGGUGCCGAGCAGUUCUUUGCCGGAAAGGGCACCUACAAGGGCAAGGACUACUACGAGGAGUUUGCCAAGAAGGGAUACUCUGUCAGCUUGAACAAGACCUCACUCGACAAGAUUGACACCAGCAAGAAGGCCCUCGGUGUCUUCUGCCAGAGCAACUUGCCCGUCUGGCUGGACCGUAACAUCUACAAGGACAACCUGAGGAACUUCAAGAACGACCCCAAGGGCGGAAAGGAGCCCGCCCUGGACCUCCCUGGUCUCAAGGACAUGACCCUCAAGGCCAUCGAUGUCCUGCACAAGCGUGGUGGCGAAAAGGGUUUCUUCCUAAUGUCCGAAGCUGCCUCUGUUGACAAGCAGAUGCACGCUCUUGACUACGACCGUGCCCUCGGCGACCUCCUCGAGCUUGACGACACCGUCCGCGAGACCGUCAAGAAGCUCAAGCAGUUGAGGAUUCUCGACGAGACCCUCAUUGUCGUUUCUGCCGAUCACGGCCACGGAUUCGAUGUCUAUGGAUCCGCAGACACUGAAUACCUCGGCAAGCAAGAAGACGAGCGUGCCAAGCGCAACGCCAUUGGCGUCUACGAAAAGUCCGGUCUCUCGCAGUACACCCAGCAGAGCAAGAACAUCCAGUACGGCACGGGUGUCAACUUCCCCGCCAACUGGGAGCCCCGUUACGCCAUCGCCGGAGGUGUUGGUGCUGCCCCCGACCGCCGUGAGGACUACAAAGUCCACAAGAGCGGCCCUCGUGAGCCCGCUGUCAAGGGCGGCGACGGCAGCUAUGUCGUGAACCCCAAGGACGCCCCCAACGGUAUCGUCAUCAACGGCACUCUGCCUACUAGUGAGGCUCAGGGCGUACACUCUCUUACUGAUGUGCCUGUCUUUGCUAUGGGUCCCUGCCAGGAGACCUUUGGCGGUACUUAUAGCAAUGUGGACAUUUUCUACAAGAUGGCCACCUGUUUGGGUUUGGCUCGUCCUAACAAGGAAUGCAAGCCGAAGAAGGAGUAA